AUGAAAAACCUUGAAAUACAGACACCAAAUUUUAUUAUAUCUUCUUCUAGAGGAAGUGUACCUCAUAUUACUCCGGAUCACUUGAAAAGCAGUGAAAUUACAGGUAUUUACAUGGCUUUGGAGGAUUUUAUUGAAUAUCCAGCCUUUAAUGUAAAAAAAGAAGAAAAAAAGGAUUAUAGUCCAUCAUUAAGGUGUAUUUCAUCGUUGAGGGAAUUUGUUCCGUUGUCAAUGAAUCAUUAUAUUGUACUUGGAGCAAGACGAUGUCCAUUUAAUAUUAUAAAGCCCAAUUCAUGGAAAACUAUGUAUAUUGAAGCAUCGGGUGGAAACAAAUUAAUAAACAUAAAAGACAUAAUAGAUUUUUAUGAAAGGCUUAAGCCGGAUAUGGUUAUUUCUCCAGUUGAUAUACAGCCUGAUAAUGUUACUGAAAACAAACGUUUUCGUAGAAUGAUUGAGCGAAGUGAAUCAUGGUUAAUAGAAUUAUUAGAAAAAAAGCUCAAUUCGUUUAUUUUUGCAUCAAUACCUCCAGUUUCCAAAGAAUUAUAUCUAUUAUAUUUUUCAAUACUUGAAUCUAAUGUUUCUGGGAUUCAUGGUUUAGCAUUAUAUAAUAUGGAACAAUCGAAAUUUAUUCCAAAUUCUUUACUUCAUUUACCUUUGCUUUUAAUGGAACCUAUUUACUCUCCUCAUUCAAUACUUAAUUCUAUAGAAAAUUCAAUAGAUCUCUUCACAAUUGAUUUCAUUUCACAAUCUUCUGAUUCGGGUAUUGCUUUUACAUUUCAAUUUCCGCCCUCUUUAUCUAUAGAGAAGAAUAAAAGGCCUCUUGGAAUUAAUGUUUUAAGUGAAGAAUAUAAAGCUGAAUUGUUACCUCUUUUACAGGAUUGUGAAUGUUACACAUGUAAAUAUCAUCAUAGAGCAUAUAUAAGACAUCUAUUAUUUACAAAAGAAUUACUUGGAUAUGUUCUUCUUCAAUUACAUAAUAUACAUGUUAUAAACCUUUUUUUCUCAAAAAUUCGAACAUCAAUUUUAGAAGGGACAUUUUUGGAUUACAGUAAGCUUUUUAAAUCAUAUUAUCAAUUUUUUUUUCCAAAAAGUUGA